UCGGGUCCGAGGUGACUGGACUGAGGAGACGCAGACAAGAGGAGUUAUUCCUGCUGCGCAGAAGCGGGUCUGAAUCAGGACGGCUCUGCCCACAGACUUCAAUGGCGGCGGCCGCGCUGAGGGACCCACUUCAGGGCAGUGUGACCUUUGAAGAUGUGGUUGUGUACUUCUCCUGGGAGGAAUGGGGUCUCCUUGAUGAGACUCAGAGAUGCCUGUACCAUGAUGUGAUGCUGGAGAACUUUGCACUUGUGACCUCACUGGGUUGUUGGUAUGGAAUGGAGGACGAGGAAGCAUUUUCUGUGCAGAAGGUAUCUGUGGAACAAAUUUCACCAGGCAAGAGUCUACAUCCAGACCCGUCCAUUCAGAAGACUCAGCCCUGUGAGAAAUGUGUGGCCAGGAGAGGUAUCUGGUACCUGGCUGAGUACCAAGAAUCACAUCCUGGGCAGGAGUCACACACCUGUGAGGCAUGUGGACAGCAGUUCUGGGCCAGUCCAAACCUUCACCAGCACCAGAAGCACAAUGCAGAGAGGCCAUUCAAAAGGGACGUAGACAGGGCCUCCUUUGUGACGAGCUGCAAAUUCCGUGUUUCAGGGAAGCCCUUCACCUGUGAGGAAGUUGGGAAAGACUUCCUGGCGGUAUUGAAUCUUCUCCAACAUCAGGCCACCCUCAAAGGGGCACCACCACACAGCAGCUUCAAGCAUGAGGAAUCCUUUCACAGUGGAAAAAGUCAUUUCAAGGACGGUGAAUAUAGGGAUCUCUGCAGUUAUGAAUACACACUUUUUCAGCAUCAGCAAAUUCACACUAGAGAGAGUUAUUACAACUGUGAUGACUGUGAGAAACCCUUUAACCAAAGCUCCAUUCUAAUUAACUGCCAGAGAGCUGACCUAGAAGCAAAGUCUUAUGAGUGCAAUGAAUGUGGGAAAUCCUUUAACCAAAGCUAUAAACUCAUUCAACACCACAGAAUUCACACUGGAGCAAGGCCUUACAAGUGCGUUGAAUGUGGAAAAGCCUUCACCUACAAACUAAGACUUGUGCAGCACCUUCAAGUCCACAAUAAAGUGAGGCCUUAUGAGUGUGGUGAAUGUGGGAAAGCCUUUAGCUACAGCUCCACUCUCAUUAAACACCAGAGGGUUCACACUGGAGCCAGGCCUUAUAAGUGCGGUGAGUGUGGGAAUUCCUUUAGCCAGAGCUCCAACCUCAUUCAGCACCAGAAGAUUCACAGUGGGGCAAGGCCUUACAAAUGCAGUGAAUGUGGAAAAUCCUUCAGCUAUAAAUGCAAACUCGUGCAGCAUCUGCGAAUUCACACUGGAGAAAGGCCUUAUGAGUGCAGUGAAUGCGGGAAAUCCUUUAGCCACAGCUCCACUCUCAAUCAACACCAGAGAAUUCACACAGGAGCCAGACCUUAUAAAUGUGAUGAGUGUGAGAAAUCCUUCAGCCAGAAGUCCAACCUAAUUCAGCACCGCAGAGUUCACACAGGAGAAAAGCCUUAUGAGUGUGGGGAGUGUGGGAAAUCCUUCAGUCAAAGCUCCCACAUCAUUCAACACAGAAAACUUCACACCAGAUGACCUCAUGACUGCACCUACAGGAACCAGGAGUUCCUUUGUGAGGGAACUAUCUGAAGUUGAACCUGUACACCUGCGCAUCCCCUGUGGGAGGCUUUCAGGAGCCUGUUUGCAUAUUCUACUACUGGUUCCCUUGUCUGAAUUGCAUCCUUUUCAGCUUCUGUGGGAGAAGCCUCACCUCUACCACUUGGCAGGUUCUAGGUUCCAACAGUGUGUCAGGCACCCAGUGCAGUCAGGGAGAGCAGGUGUGUCUGUUUUCUGUCCUGCUUCUCUCCAGGACACUAUGAUUAAUUUUCAGGGGCCCCUCUUUCCCUCCCCUCUGGCUGAUAAGAUCUGGGUAAUAGCAGCGGCAGGUUUACCUUCUUCCGGUUCUGGUCUAGCUUGCAUUGCGGCCCGAAGUCCCCUGGGACGGCUGGGGGGCUUUGUAGUCCUAACUUACGGCCUGGGUGCCAGGGAUGCCGCAGACCUAGCAGUCACCUGGAGGAGGCUGGAGUUGUCAUGACAACCUCUAGUGCUUCUGUGCGAAGUUAAAUCGGUUCCCUUUUCCCAAGGAUGUCACAUAAUGCUGAGCACUGUUGUAGGGAAGCUGUUUCCCUGGACCUUCAUGGCUAGAGUUCUGGUGGCACUGGUUUAUAAAACUACCCGAGGUUGUAAUCUUCACACAGAAACACUGGAGGACACUGUGCCUCCACAGAUGGUCCAGCCACUGUGGGAUGAGCAUGUACACACCAUACCUGUGUCCCUUCUGUGGAGGGGCCACUGUCAAAGCAAAAAAAAAAAAAAAAUUUUUUAUUUUUGUAGCCUCUGGACACUGCUGCAUAGACAAGAGUAGAA